GCCCCUCACGCCAGCUCAGGAGGAGCCAUGGGGCGCUGGGCCUGGGUCCCCAGCCCCUGCCCUCUGCCCAGGCUGUCCCUGCUGCUGCUGCUGCUGCUGCUGGCACCUCAGGAGGCCCGGCCCCAGGCCGGCAGGAGCCAUACGGAAACCCCAAAACCUAAUGCCACAGUGAUCCCUGGAAUCCCCAUGAUCCCCGUGACGUCGGUGACUCCCAACACGAACGCUUCAGAGGCAGAGGGACCUGGUGGUGAGGAACUCACUCCUCUGCCUGGCAGCAGCCCUGGGGGCCCAGUGCUCACCGAGGACGGGCGGCCGUGCAGCUUCCCCUUCCGCUAUGGCGGCCGCAUGCUCCACUCCUGCACUUCGGAGGGAAGCGCCCACAGGAAAUGGUGUGCCACGACUCACAACUAUGACCGGGACAGGGCCUGGGGCUACUGUGUGCAGUCCUCCGCGCCCCGGGAGGACCCAGCUGCCCCGGAUCCCUGCUCCUCCAGCCCCUGCCGCAACGGGGGCUCGUGCUCCAACACCCAGGCCCCCGAGUCCUACCAUUGCACCUGCCCCGUGGCCUUCACGGGCAAGGACUGUGGCACCGAGAAAUGCUUUGACGAGACGCGCUACGAGUACCUGGAGGAGGGCGACCGCUGGGCCCGCGUGCACCAGGGCCGGGUGGAGCGGUGCGAGUGCGCGGGGGGCCGGGUCCAGUGCGAGGGCACCCGCCACACAGCUUGCCUGAGCAGCCCCUGCUUGAACGGGGGCACCUGCCACCUGCUCGUGCCCACCGGGACCUCCGUAUGCGCCUGCCCCCCAGGCUAUGUCGGGCGGCUCUGCAACAUCGUGCCCGCCCAUCGCUGCUUCAAGGGGGACGGCACGGAGUACCGAGGCGUGGCCAGCACUGCUGCCUCGGGCCUCAGCUGCCUGGCCUGGAACUCAGACCUGCUCUACCAGGAGCUGCACGUGGACUCCGUGGGCGCCGCGGCCCUGCUCGGCCUGGGCCCCCACGCCUACUGCAGGAACCCAGACAAGGACGAGCGGCCCUGGUGCUAUGUGGUGAAGGACAGCGCGCUCUCCUGGGAGUACUGCCGCCUGGCGGCCUGCGGAUCCCUUGCCAGAAUUCAGCCCCUGCCCCCCGAGGUCCUGCUGACCCUGCCUGAGCCCGCCCCAGCUGGACGCCAGACCUGCGGUAAGCGGCACAAGAAGAGGAGCUUCCUACGGCCACGCAUCAUCGGUGGCUCCUCCUCCCUGCCCGGCUCCCACCCCUGGCUGGCCGCCAUCUACAUUGGGAACAACUUCUGCGCUGGGAGCCUUGUCCACACCUGCUGGGUGGUGUCUGCGGCCCACUGCUUUUCCAACAGCCCCCCCAGGGACAGUGUCUCGGUGGUCCUGGGUCAGCACUUCUUCAACCGUACAACGGACGUUACACAGACGUUUGGCAUCGAGAAGUACAUCCUGUACCCCCUGUACUCGGUGUUCAAUCCCAGUGACCACGACCUCGUCCUGAUCCGGCUGAAGAAGAAGGGGGACCGCUGUGCCGUCCGCUCCCAGUUUGUCCAGCCCAUCUGCCUGCCUGAGCCCAGCAGCCCAUUCCCUGCUGGACACAAGUGCCAGAUUUCGGGCUGGGGCCACCAGAACGAGAACGUGAGCGGCUACUCCAGCUCCCUGCGGGAGGCGCUGGUGCCCCUGGUCGCCGACCACAAGUGCAGCAGCCCGGAGGUCUACGGGGCCGACAUCAGCCCCAACAUGCUGUGCGCCGGCUACUUCGACUGCAAGUCAGACGCUUGCCAGGGGGACUCUGGCGGGCCCCUGGCCUGUGAGAAGAACGGUGUGGCCCACCUGUACGGCAUCAUCAGCUGGGGCGACGGCUGCGGGCGCCUCAAUAAGCCUGGUGUCUACACCCGCGUGGCCAAUUACGUGGACUGGAUCAACGACCGGAUUCGGCCCCCUAAGCGGCCUGAGGAUCGCUCCUGAGACCCCCGGGGGGCAUCCUGCCUCCGCACCGUUCCCCGCCUCGCUGGCAAUAAAGACGU